AUGAAAGUUUCGGUUGACCUUGUAUUAGAUACCGACGCGCUUCUACCAUUACCUGACGUUGUUUCAGAGACAACGUUGAUGCGAGAAGCAGUCGGAUCCUUUGUUGGAUGGCCGUCCGAUCUAAUUUUCCCAGAUGCCGAGACUCCUACAAGACCCACGCAUAAAGUUGGUAAAGGGAUUUCAAGACGCAUCGAGUCGGUUGCAUCUCUAAAAGAGGUUCCCGGUCGAAAGUUGAAAAAAGCUGGUAACGAUAUUCCUCCAACGACGUCCGGGACAAAAUCUCAAAUUAUGAUGCGUCUUGAGAAAAUGGUGAAUGAGUCCGAUAUUAUGCAAGGGGUCAUUCGUACUAUAGAUUUUGAUGAAGGAGCGAGUAGUUGGUUCCAUAUGGGAAUCGAUGAAGCAUUACAUAUGGUGAUGGUAACGCUUUUGGUGUGCUCUGGUCCUAUGGUGGGGAUUCAGGAGCGAGUAGUUGGUUCCAUAUGGGAAUCGGUGAAGUGUUACUUAUGGUGA